AUGGAUCACGAAUGCGACAACUACGUUUUCUUUGGGAGCAAAAGGGCUGAUUUACAAGGCUUGAGAGGAGUCGCAAUUCUGCUUGUUCUUGUAAUGCACUUGCAACCAAAGUCUUAUCGCUUGGGAUUUGUAGGUGUAGACAUGUUUUUCGCCCUGUCUGGUUACCUCAUGUCUAAAAUAAUUCUGCAAAAUGAGAUAACCUUGGCUUCGACUUUUUCUUUUUAUUGCCGCAGGUUCAAAAGGAUUGUGCCCCUGUACAUGUUCGUUGUUCUCUGCACAUAUGCAUGUAAGAAUUAA